AUGGCACUUCGCAUAUCUUGCCAGCGCGCCGCAAAGCGUGCCACUUCCAUUACGCCCGCCACAUCUGUCCUCUCAUCAUACAGCGCACAAUGGCGGAGAGGCAAUGCGACAGUUGCCCCUACCCAAGUAACACCUGGCGCUAAGGGACCUACUGCUAUGGUCUUCAUGAACAUGGGCGGGCCAUCGACAACAGACGAGGUCCAUGGCUUUCUGAGCAUGUUGUUCGCCGACAAAGACCUGAUUCCCCUUGGACCCCUCCAGAACUACAUUGGACCCUAUAUUGCACGGAGACGAACACCCAAGAUUCAAAAGCAAUAUGCUGAGAUUGGUGGUGGAUCACCAAUCAGGAGAUGGUCUGAACACCAGGCCGCAGAAAUGUGCAAGAUCCUCGACAAGACCUCACCCGAGACCGCUCCCCACAAGCCCUACGUUGCUUUCCGUUAUGCGAACCCUCUUACCGAAGACACAUACAAGCAAUUGAUAGCAGACGGUUUUGGAGCAGGCAAGGGUGGCCGUGCUGUCGCUUUCACACAAUACCCCCAGUACUCCUGCUCAACUACCGGCUCCUCGUUGAACGAACUCUGGAAAUGGAGGACGAGGCUGGAAGGCAAGCGCGCAAAUGGAGAAACUGGUCAAGAAGUCGAGCCUGAAGGUGCCAUCAAAUGGAGUGUUAUUGACCGCUGGCCGGCACACCCAGGCUUAGUAGAAGCCUUCGCUCAGAACAUCGAAAAGAAGCUCGCGGAAUACCCAGCUGAGCGACGAGACGGCGUUGUCAUCCUCUUCUCUGCCCACAGUCUCCCCAUGACUGUUGUCAACCGCGGUGACCCAUACCCCUCCGAAGUCGCAGCGACUGUAUACGCCGUGAUGCAGCGCCUCGGCAUGAAGCACAAAUACCGCCUUGUAUGGCAAUCGCAGGUCGGCCCUCAACCUUGGCUUGGAGCGCAGACUUCAGACACUGUCAAAGAGUACAUGAAGAAGGGCCAGACAGACAUGCUCCUUGUACCCAUUGCCUUCACUAGCGACCACAUCGAGACGCUAUACGAACUGGACAAGGAGGUCAUUGGUGAGGACGCAGAGGGCCAUGAGGGUGUCAAGCGCGUCGAGAGCUUGAACGAUAGCCCUGUUUUCAUCGAGGCGCUCGCAGACAUCGCAAAGGCACACUUGCAGAGCGGGCAGGCGUGUAGCCCGCAGAUGAUUCUCAGAUGUCCAAAGUGCACGAGUGAGAGGUGUUUGGCACAAAAGGAGUUCUUCGCUGGCCAGACACAACACAUCGAUCCUCCCGCAUCAUAG